AUGGAGAUUUUUGAACAGGUGUGUCCGCUUCAGCUAAGUGCUCAGACCAGGCCACCGCAUGACUUGCCUUGCUCUUGGGCAACAUUUUUCAAUCCCUUGAUGUCCUUGGUGGAUUUGAUUUUGCCAUGUAUAAAAGCAGGAAUGAUGAACCUGGAGCCCUUGAACACCAAACCAUCAAGAAUGGUGAAUGUGCCUCUUUCAAGCCGAAUCCAAGACUUUACCAAACCCAACAGUGAAGAUGUUGUCACUCUUACAGGGAGCAGUGCCUUGGCCUCAAACCCAAGAGUUGAUGUGAAUGAUGAGAAGCUUAUGAAUGGUAUACAGCAAGCUGUGGAUGGUAGGCCACCAGGGUAUGCUGACUCAGCAUUUGAUGACAGUUCAAAUUUGGGAUCAUCCAGUCCUACAGAAGGAUCCAGUACAUGGGAACACGGUCAAUCACACUUUGACAGCUGUGCAUCAGCAUGUUCAAGGUGUGCUACCACACGUAAACAUGUUAUUAAAACAGCAGAAGAAGAUGAAGAACAUCAAAGUAAUGAAAAUAACAAGAAUGAUAAUGGGGAAUCGGAAGAAGAAAGUCACAAUUUAGGCUCUGGCACUACUGAGUACAAUGAAAAUAUUCUCAAUGAUAACAUCAGCAAAUCUCAAGAAAUAGGUGUCAACAGCACCGUAAUAACUCCAUCUGUGGAAAGUGAAUCAAGGGAAUUGAUGGAAAAUACUGUAAAUGAAAUCCAUGGAGAUGGAAAGGAAAAAAAAUUAAGAGAGCAAACACAUAAUGGGGUUCUGGAACCUGAACCUGAUCCUGAUGGAGAAACUGAAAAGAAUGAAGACGGUAGACAGCCUGAGGAAAAUCCCAAUGGUGAGCCAGGUCUCAAGGAAAACCCUUCAAAUGAAGUUGAUGAGGCACAAAGUGAAGGAGAAGAAGACAGCAUCAAAGAUCUGGAAAGGGAAGUGCUGGAUAUUGAGGCAGAAAAUACUGAAGUAGCAUAUUCUGAACAGGAAGCUCAUAUUCAAGAGAAUGAAUCUGUGAAAGAGGGCCAAAACAGUGAGAGAAGUGAGGAUAAAAUGGAGGAGAAUGGAGCUGAUGAGGUAGGUUCUGAAGAUGCUGAAGAUGAGGAGACUGAAACAAUUACAAAAAGUGACAGUGGCAAUGGAUCAAAUGAAGGAGGAGAUGACACCAAAACAUUUGCAAAGGAAGUGCAAAUGAUGGAUCAAAAAACUGAAGGAGUAAAAAUUGGGCAGGAUGAGAUUACUGAAGCAGGUUUUAUUUCUGAUGAAGGAGCAGCUGUUCCCUUCCAAGAGUCUGAUGUAAAAGGGAAGGAAAAGGCUUCUGAAUCUGAAGGAAGAGUGGCUGAAAGCAUCAGUGAGAACACAAGGCUGUCUUCUGAGAUGCAGGAGCAGGAGAAAGAUGAUGAAGGAGAUGAGGCUGAUGUGGAAGUAGAGGAGGAGUCUCUGUUGCAGCUACCUUUCAGAGAUCGAUCUCACAUUGACAAAACACUUCGGUUGAAUGAAAAGACUACAACUGAUGAUUUCUCAGGUGUACUGCAGCGGUUACGGAAGAUAUACAACAAUGCUAUCAGACCUAUGGAGCAAGCAUACAAAUACAAUGAACUGAGACAACAUGAAAUUACAGCCUAUCCAGGACGCUCCAUGACCUCAUUUCAAGAUGGAGAAAUUGUAUCAAAACCAAUGGUAUUGUUUUUGGGACCUUGGAGUGUUGGAAAAUCCACCAUGGUCAACUAUCUCCUUGGACUGGAUGAGACUGUCUACCAGUUGUAUACAGGCGCAGAGCCAACUACAACAGAAUUUACUGUACUCACACAUGGAAAUAAGAUACGGACUGUGGAAGGAAUUGUCAUGGCUGCCGAUAGUGCUCGAUCAUUUUCCCCUUUAGAAAAAUUCGGGCAGAACUUUCUAGAGAAACUUGUUGGCAUUGAGCUCCCACACAAGCUGCUAGAACGAGUGACUAUUGUGGACACCCCUGGAAUCAUUGAAAACCGUAAACAGCAAGAGAGAGGUUAUCCUUUCAAUGAUGUUUGCCAGUGGUUCAUUGACCGAGCGGACCUCAUAUUCGUUGUGUUUGACCCUACAAAGCUAGAUGUUGGAUUGGAAUUAGAAAUGCUCUUCCGUCAGUUGAAAGGUCGUGAAUCCCAAAUCAGAAUAAUUCUAAACAAGGCUGAUAAUGUAGCCACUCAAGAACUAAUGCGAGUCUAUGGAGCUCUCUUCUGGAGCUUGGCACCAUUAAUCAAUGUCACUGAACCACCAAGGGUCUAUGUUAGCUCUUUCUGGCCCUAUGAGUACCAACCUGAUACAAAUCAAAAUCUCUUUCUGAAAGAGGAGGUCUCCCUACUGGAGGAUCUUAAUCAAGUGAUUGAGAACAGGCUGGAGAACAAAAUUGCUUUUAUCCGCCAGCAUGCAAUACGUGUGCGCAUUCAUGCCCUUCUUGUGGACCGGUACUUGCAAACUUUUAAAGACAAAAUGACCUUCUUCAGUGAUCCGGAACUGGUUUUUAAUGAAAUACUGGAUGAACCAGACAAAUUUUACAUCUUUAAAUCCAUCUUGGCUAAAACAAAUGUCAGCAAGUUUGACCUUCCCAAUCCUAGCGUCUACAAAGAUUUUUUUGGCAUUAAUUCUAUCAAUAGUUUCAAAUUGUUAUCUGCACAUUGCUCCUACAUGGGAGGGUGUCUGCUGGAGAAAAUCGAGCGCAUCAUCACCCAUGAGCUUCCUGCUUUGCUGGGAGCGAUCUCCGCUGGGAAAAACCCAUCCCUUUCAUCCUGUGACAUCACGGGAUGUGGAGAAACACCAAAAAACCGAUACAGAAAGCCCUGA